AUGCUAUCUCCACAGUUGUUCCACAAAAUCUUAGGAAUAGCUUUUUUCCUGCUCCCAUGCUGUGCUCGAGGUAAACCUGCAGAAAUUCCUGCACUGCUUGGUAAUGGGAUGGAUGAAGAACUUUUGCCAGAUGUUCUACAGGUUUAUAAUGAAAUGGAAAACAUUAUCCCUCAAUUAGAACAUCGGAUUUCCAGACUUGAAGGAGUCCUCAGCUUGGAAAAGAUGAUCACAGUAUCUGGAGGAAAAGUAUUUGCUAGCAAUGGGAAAAGAGCUGAUUUCCGUACUACAGUGAAACAAUGCAAAGAGGCUGGAGGGUCUAUUGCCACUCCAAGGAACCCGAGCGAGAACGAUGCCAUUCUGCACUUUGUGAAAAGUUUUAAUACCUACGCCUACCUGGGCAUAAAGGAAUCUUUCAUUCCGAGCAGAUUCCAGUUCCUGGAUGGUACAAAGCUGAACUAUACCAACUGGCAUUCCAAUGAACCUUCCGGCAAAGGGGAAGAGGAAUGUGUGGAGAUGUACACUGAUGGCACUUGGAAUGACAAAAAGUGCAAUGUGAAUCGCCUUAUUGUCUGUCAGUUUUAG